AUGGACCCAGACCCACACUCCAAACUCUCAGCAACCAACGCCAUCGCAACCCUCCGCUCCAAUUUCCGCACCAGCACUCAAGCCCUCAAAACCCUCGAACAAUACCUGCGUCAUCUCGAAAACCUCCUACUCGAAGAACUAGGCCGUGAAGAAUUCGAGCGUCGACUUGAAUGUCUAAUUCUCAGGGAUCAACGUGACGGAGAGAGUCUGUUUAUCCCCGAGGAUACUUUGAUCUCUAGAAAACGCAGAGGUUCUUCGAGUACGGAGAUGGGUUCUGAGAUGAAGAAGAAGGUGAGGGUCGAUUCUGCGGUUUCUGAUCUGGGCAGGAGUAUCUUUGAUGGUGGAGGGCGUUUGCACAGUGAUUCUCCUGACCUCUCGCCAAAGAGUGCUCGCAACACGCCAGUUCCUUGGGAGUUACCUGCAGUGGACGCUCAGCAAACAAGAACAACGACGACGGCUGUGAAGCAAACGGCACGACAUCCAAUUGUUGCUCCACGUUCACGACCUCCUCGCGGAUCUCAAUCAGUCAUGUUGCCGAAUAAACAGCCUUCGUCGAACUUCCACAGUGGAUCUCAGUCUACUCUGUUGCUAAACCUCCAUCCUUCGCCGGACUUCAACAGUGGAUCCAGUUCUCCUUUGAAGAGAGGAUCAUCUAUGUCUACAGUAUACUCUACUACAAAACAGUCUUCCCCAGCAUCAUCAAGAAGAGAUUCUGUACAGUCCGACAAAGCAGCAUCGAAGCAAUCACACUCUGGCUCUCUAUCCUCUAUCCGCAACAGUCCUCUGCCAGGACCGAAGUCUUCCAACUCUGCAAGACAUUCCACCGCACAUGCAUUACCGAAGAGACCAGUCGUUCCUUCGGCACCAGGUUCAAGUUCUUCGAUCAAGCAGCCACCGUCUCUCAAAAGCAAGUCGUCAUCAUCCUCAUCUUCUGACAGGUCCGCGCUAUCCUCAAGACAGGGGCUCUCCCUCGCAAACAAGUCGACAUUUGGAUCGAGUAGACUGGCACUUUCUUCUGAGCAGCAGCAGCAGCAGCCACUAUCGUUGACGAGAAAGCCAUGGCGUGCUUCGAAGAAGUAG